AUGGUGAACACAAAAAACCCUCCUCAGGUACUGAGGAAGGAGAAAUCUUUUAACCUAGAAUCUCACCAGGCUUUGUGUGAGAAAUUGAAGAUUUGUGGGUUUGGUAGAGACAGAAUUUCUCCAGCCAUUGUUGAAGUCUUUGAUGACAUCAGCCUACUGACGAGCAUUUUUGAGAUUGCUUUGAGGCAAACCUGGGCGUCCCUUCCUGCCGAGCUUUUGCUGUUGGCAUAUUCGAACUACUCUGAGUUCCAAGAUGUAUUGUUAAAUUUGAAGAAGGUGUCACUUGAAUUCCUAGUGGUCCCAGACCUCCCUCAGUUGCAGCCUUUCCUCUUAAGGAAGCCUUCUUGCUGGAGUAGCAAGUGGACGAGCAAAAACCUACCGACUGAUGCUUUCGUUGGUCCUGUCCUACCACUUCCAGUUCUUCUUACAUUUCAUGAGUUCCUGAAUUCACAGGAAGAUCCAUGUGGGUUUUCACCCAAGAGAGAGCUCUCUCAUCAAUGUGAUCAGGUUUCUCAAGUUGCUAGGGACAUGGCAAGGUCUGAUUCAGAUGCUGUUUCCCUUGGCUAUGACCGUGAUGACGAUAAUUCCCAGAAACAGAAACCCUUUAUUGGAUAUCGUCCAUUUACUUGUGCAAAUGAGGAUGGAAGACUUGAAAUGUUCAUUUCCAGAGUGCAGCAGGGUAAAGGGUGUGUUGUUGAAGAUAAGAUGGGGAGUGUAGGGCUUGAGAUUUUUCAUGAUUUAUCGCCCAUCGUCUUGAAGUUUGAACACCGAGAUGUGAAUUUUGACCCGCAAGGACUUUGCAGAUCUGAUUUGCUUAGGUUUGAGGCGCAAUUCUCUCUGUGGCAAAAUCAGUUUACCCCGUUUCAAAUCUCCAAACGUGAAAUCCAUGCAUUUCGGCUUUGGCUAAGAAGUAAGAUUCCGAGGGGAACUUGAUUGUACGGUCACCGGCUAAGAAGAACAGAAACAAAGGUUUUGGCACUGGGGUGAUGAUGAUCCAUGAAGGUGAACUAUUAGCAAGAACAGCCGGAGAAGACUUCACACCUCAUAUCAUCACUGUCAGCACUGGAGAGUGUGAGGUUUGGCGGGUAAAAUUCUGUCAUUUACGCAAAAGGGUCCUCGAGGAAUCUGCAUUUUAUCAGCAAUCGGAACUGUUGCUAACGUCAGAAUUCGGCAGCCUGGAUCCGCCGGAAGCAUCCUCACCUAUACAAGGGCUUGUUCAAGAUAUUAACUUUAACGGGUUCGUAUGUGAUAACUGAAAUCGGGGGUGAGGAAUAAAACCGUUUCGUUGGCCAGACUCGAUGGCCGUGUCAUUGGCGGAGCUGUUGAUGGAGUUCUCACAGCUUCAAGCCCCAUCCAAGUUGUGAUCGGAAGUAGGAACCCAUAUACUCCGUGGUUUUACCGUUGGCCGAUGCUGCAUCCAAUCACUCUGUUGGAAGUUGGAACAGCUUGGAAUGGCUGUUGGAGUUUCUGAAGUUGUCUGCUGAUAAGACCAAGUUCGGUUAUUGAUUGUUGGAGCAGCUUCCUUAAUCACCGAAUGUAACCACCUAAUGUGAUGCAAUUUCCAAGUUGUUCCUUUUUUCCAUCACAGAUAUUUCCACCAAGCAUUUGACAGAUUUUCAAGUAGAUUGUUUUUUUUUUUCGGGGAAGCAUUCAACGGGUGUCUGGAUUGGCAAACGGAUUGGCACAGUGUCGGCCCAUCCUACGAAACGGCACCGUUUUAGUGCCCUGGCUGCCCCCAUUUCCCCUUGUUGUUUUCUUCUUUGUCAACGUCGCAGCUGAAUUCGCUUAAACCCUUUCGAAUCCUUCA